AUGGAGCCAGGCGGAGGGGGGAGGGGGAGAGGGGGAAAGGGGGCACGGAGGGGGAAAAGCGGGGGAGGUGCAAGAGGGAGGAGAGGCAGUGCGAGGGGUGAGGCGGUGGGCGCCGUGGCGGAGGGGGCUGCAGGGGCGUGGUGGGCCAAUGGUGGGGGCGCGGGGGGCGGGUAUGUGGGAGCAGGAGGACUCGCGGCGGGGGAAACGGGAUGGGGCGUGGGGGAGGGCGUGGGGGUUGGUUCAAGCGCGCGCGGAGGGGCAGUGACAGCGUGGGAGGGCGGAGGGACGGGCGGAGGAGUGGGAGCGGUGGGCGGAGGAGGGGAAGCAGCGAAUGCAGCGGAGGGAUGGACAACAGGGGGAGGCGCGGAGGGAUGGACAGGGGGAGGCGCGGAGGGAUGGACAGGGAGAGGCGCGGAGGGGCGUGUAUCCCGCCGCAGGGGAGGCAGGGGGAGGGGCGCGGAUGGCGGAGCAGGCGGGAGGAGCGUGCGCGCACGCGAGGGCGCGGGGCGGGGGAGGAUGGCGGGUGGAACGGGACAAACGGACGGCAGUCGCGGGCGGGGGGUGGAGGCGCACGGAGGGAGGGGCGCAGGUGUGGCGCGCGGGCAGGGAUGGAUGGGGGCGGGCGCGCAUGCGCGCGGGGAUGCGCGGAUGAGAGGUGGCACCGCUGGCAGGGGGUGGGACGCGGGCGGGGGCAUGGGCUACCUGGAUGGGCGGGUGAGUGGUGGAGAGGCAUUAGGAGCGGUACGAGGGCAGCAGGGGCGUGUGGAGGGUGCAUGGAGGGGGAGGAGAGUGGAGAUGGCGUGGGAGGGUGAUGGCGAGGAGGAAGGGGAGCGGUGGGAUGUGGGGGGCGAGGAGGCACACGCAAGGCAGCACAUGUUUCGUGGUGCGGCAGGCGGGUGGGUGGAGGGUGGGCAAGACGAGUGGCAGCCUGGCGCUGGAGUGGGCGGCGGUGGGGAGGAGCUUGGGCGCAACCAUGUGGUUGUGCGUGGGGAAGGGGGCGAGGAUGGGGCUUGGGGGGAGUGGUACGAGGGGGAGGGUGGUGGAGCGACAGAGGAAGAAUGGGAAGGAGAGGGAGGGGAGGAGUGGGGGGGAGAGGGAGGGGAGGAGUGGGGGGGAGUGGGAUGGGAGGAGUGGGGAGGAGAGGCAGGGGAGGGGGAGGGCGAGGAGGACUUUGAGCUGGGGUACGCUGCUGGCCUCGCUGCUGCUCGUGAGGCUCUCAGACAAGCCUCUGCCACCACCGCCGUUGCUGCAGGUGCAGGUGUUGGCCCCGCUUCAACGGGAGGGGUUGACGAGGGGGCACCAGGCGGUGCUGCAGGCGGCAUGGACCUCAUGCUGCCUCACCACCCGCCUGCUGCAGCAGGGGCCGCGGCAACAUCAGCACCAGCUGCACCAGCAGCAGAAGCAGAAGCAGGCCAAGGCGCAGGUGAGCAGGAAGGGGCAGGCGGCGGCGACAGCAACCGGCGCCGCGGUGGGGGAGGUGGGGGGGCUGGGGGAGGGAGCAGGGGGGGCCGGCGCAAGCACGUGGACGUGAGUGUGAAGCGCGACAUCUGUGAGCUGAAGCGGGUGCGGCCGGGCAUCACGGUGGGCGGCAUCAUGCGCGUGUGCCGCGCCAAGUACCCGCACAUGCGCUUCAUCCCCUCGCACGUGCGCCGCAUCCUCGACAAGGCGGACCACUGGAGCUCCACGCUGGCGCAGCGCAGCAGCAAGCGCGUGCGCGCGCCCGAGAGCAUGGCGCUGGAGGAGGCGCUCGUGGCGUGGCUGCGGGAGAAGAAGGGCGGGCCCGGCGCCACCAAGGUGCAGCUGCAGGAGAUCUGCGCCAAGGGCCGCGAGCUCGGACCCUCCUACGGGGUCUCGCCCUCCUUCAGGUACAGCAUCGGGUGGGCGUGUCGGUUCCAGGAGCGGUGGGGGUUCUCAAAGCGGCACCUGGAGGAGGAGAGGGAGGCGUACUUCAAUGAGGUUGACGACCCCGCCGCCGCCACUGCUGCUGCCGGCAGUGCGGAGCCGUCGCUGCUGGCCCUGGCUGAUGAGAUCUUCGGCACGCAGAUCCUGGUGGCACGCACGCAUGGUGAUGGGGCGGCGGGGGAGCAGGGGGACGAGGGUGAUGAGGGGGAUGAGGAGGGGAGUGAGGAGGGUGAUGAAGGGGGUGAGGGUGGGAGGAGAGGAAGGGGAGGGAGGGGAGGGAGGAGAGGUAGGGGAGUGGUGGGAAGGGCGGGUGGGAGGGAGGGAGGGAGGGGAGGGAUGCGGGUGGUGGGGCGGGCGACGUCCCUGACUGCGGGCAUGGAGGUGAUCGACCUGGAGGGCGGCGAGGGGGGUGAGGGCAGGCAGAGGGGCGAAGGGGGUGAGGGGGGCGAGAGUGGGGAGGAGGGCAUGGGGGGCGAGAGGCAGGGGCGGCGGAGGGGGCAGGGCGAGGAGGGCGAGGGGGGAGGGACGUCAGGGGCGGAGGCAGCAGAGGCGGGUGGAUGGCAGGGAGAAGUAGACUUGCUGGCCGGCACGGCAAGAGGUGCAGCGAGAGAGAGGGCGAGGAAGAAGGCAGCAGGCAGGGCGGCACGGCCAGUGCAGCCGAGCCGAGAGCUGCUGGCGCUGGCGCUGGCAGAGGCCGGGGUGGACGGGGAGCAGGCGGGUGCAGGCGUGCAGGCAGCACGUGGGUCUGACUCCGACACUGCAGCAGGCACAGAGGCAGACGAGGGAGUCAGACGGGCAGCGCCUCCAGCAGGGGCAGCGGUGAGCGGUGCAGCCGCAGCAGCAGCAGCAGCAGCAGCAGCAACAGCAGCAAGGGUGGUGGAUGUGGAGGCGGCAGUGGCAGCAGCAGGAGACCUCCGCCUGGACCCCCCCAGCGAUGACUCCCGUGGUGGCCACGGCCAUGCGGAGAGGCAGAGUGCUGCAGACAGGGAGAAGCGCGCGGCGGGCAAGAAGGGCAAGCACCGCGCGGCCAUCAGUCUGCGGGUGAAGCGAGUGAUCUGCAUGCUGAGGGCCGCCCGGCCCCACAUGGCGCCCAAAGACAUCCACCGCCUCGUGCACCGCGCCUUCUACGCCGCCGCCCGCCACGCCCACCCACCCUCCUCCUCCACCACCGGUGCCACGGCCGCUGCUGCUGGCAGCGCAGCGAGCUUGGCCGCAGGGGGAGUGGCGGCGGCCGCCGUGGAGGCGGCGGGCAUGGCGGCGCUGGACGUGGCGGCGGUGCGGCGCAUCCUGAGGAAGAGCGCCGUGUACCUCGCCCUGCCCGCCCACUGCGCCACCCGCAUCCGCCACAGCAGCGGCGCCCACCCCCACGUGCAGGCCGCCGUGGCAGCGUGGGUGAGGGCGAUGGAGGCACGGUACGGGCGAGAGGCGGUGCGGUGGGAUGACAUUUUAGAUUAUGCGCGAGAGGUGGGGCGGCAGAUGGGCGUGGAGGAGGGCUUCCGGUACAGCUACCACUGGGCCCGCAAGGCCCUGCUGCGACAUGGGCUGGGCAGCGACUGGGGCAAGCAGGGAGGGGCGGUGCUGCUGAGGGAGGACGAGUGGAGGCAGCUGGUGAAGCUCUCCCCCCCUGGCAGGCCGGGCGCCGUCCGACUGCGCGGCGCUGAGGCCCGCCUCGAGGAGGCUCUUGCGCUCGCAGUGAGGAGGGCUAUAGCGAGGAUGGAGCAGGACAGGCAAGCUGAGGGGGGGUUUAGGGGCGAUGAGGGAGGGGGCAGAGGGGGGGUGGGGGCGGGGCAGCAGCAGGUGUCAGUGCGGGCGGUGCAGGAGUAUGCAAAGCGGCUGGCCCCGCUGGUGGGGGAGGAGGUGGCAGCGCUGGUGGCGCUGGCAAAGGCGCAGCGGGAGAGGCGCGCUCAGAUCAAGGCGAGUGGACGCCGGCUGACCGACGUGCGCGAGGAGGAGUGGGUCGAAGCGGGGCGGCGGGAUGGUGGUGGUGGGCAGCGCAGGGCGGCAGGGGAUGCGAUGGAGAGUGACGGUGGGGAUGGGGAUGGGGGCGUGACUGGUGACAGUGAUGGUGGGUUUGACGGCACGGAUACUGAUGGCGGUGGUGCCUUUGACACAGACACGGACCUUGACCUGCCCGCCUUCCAUGCCAACACCAGCACGCAUGCUGCUGCCACUGCUCACGCCUUCACUCGUUCCGCCCCUCCUGCCAUCAAUGCACCAAGUUCUGCACCUGGUGCUGCCAUUGCCGCCGCUGAUGCUGCACCUCAGCAUGCUGCGCCUGCACGUGCCCCAGUCACCCCGCCACCUCAGGUGAGCACGCUGCUGGCGUCACUGGCGGGCGUGCGGGUGGCAUCUGCCGCCCACGCCGCCCCCCACCUGCACGCUGCGUGGGCCGCCCUUGCCGCAGCCACCCCCUUCCCCAGGCGCCUCACGGCCCACCGCGCGGCAGAGGUGGCGCGCGCAUGGCAGCGGCUUGAGAGGGCUCGCGUGGUGGUGUGGGAGGGGGGUGCGGGGAGCGAGGGUAGUGAGAGCAGUGAGAGCAUGAGCGUAGAGGAGAUUGGAGGGCUGGGCAGCAGCAUGGAGGAGUGGCAGUCGAAGGAGGCGAUAGCUGGCGCUGUGGCAGGGAGGAGCGCAGGAGGGGGCAAGGCUGGAGGGCGAGGGAGGAAGAGGAGGAGGAGCGGCGAUGCGCAGGACGGUGUGGUGACAGCACGGGGCGGGGCAGCAGCGGGGAGUGGGGCAGGCAUGGCAGGCAGGGGAGCAGCAGGGGCGGGGCAGCAGCAGGUAUCAGCGGGCAUGGCAGCCCCUGUGCUGUCCCCGGAGCUCUUAGUGGCGGCGGCCCUACGAGCUGCUCUUGCUCCCCACCCCAUGCCCGCCCCGCCUGCUGCUCACUUUCCGCGCUUCCCCUUCCCCCACACUGCACCACCCACCACCACCGCACUCCACUCCCUCGCGCAGCUGCUUGCAUCUGCUGGCCUGCCUCCACUAACCAACUACGCGUACGACUCCAACUUUUUGAAACACCAGGCUCGUGUCAACAGCAUGUAUUUGUUAAUUGUAGGCUAUACCGAGGUGCUCACUAAAGAGUAG